AUGUAUCAUUUCAGAAUUUCCAGAGAGCACCUGUUUGAAGCUGAGAUAACCGUUGGUGGAUCCAAGGAAUUGACUGGGGGUGAAUCCCAGGAUUUUACAGGGAGUGGAUCUGGGGUUUUGUACUUCUGGUCCUUAGACAAUCGUCAGUCUCCUGCUAGCACUGUCAACUGGGUUAUUGAGGAAAUUAACCGGCCUGGUACAAGUGUACUAACAGUGGGUGCUCAGAAUGACCUUGGAGAUAAGUUACUUGCUGUACAGGAGGUGAAGAUCCAAUACCCUCUCCUUGAUGUGACCUUGACCUCCAACCCUACAGUGGAGGGGCGUGUCUGUGACAUCACGGUCCAGGUGACAGGAAGUCGGGACGUCGUGUUUGACGUGGAUUUUGGUGACGGAGUUCAGGCUUCGUUAUCCUCUGAUGAUGUCGUUGUUACCAUAGAUACCACCUCUAGCUCAUAUCUACCUAAAUACACCACCUUCCUACAACACCAGUACAAUCUGAAAGGUCAGUACCAGGUCAAGGUCAAUGUGUCUAAUGCCAUCUCCUGGGUGACGGGUGAUGUCACGGUGAUGGUAGGGGAGGCUGUCGGGGAUGUUACCCUGGAGAUCCUGUCCCCCCACAGGGAGCUGCCCGGGGUCUACGUUGUGUCCCUCAGUGAUCCACUGACUGUCCGAGUGACCGCUGGCAGGGGAGAUAACCUUACCUUCACCUGGGACUUCUCCGAGUAUUCUGACGGAGGCACCAAGGACCAGCUAGGGAAUGGUAGUUCUAGCACGGCGACCUACGCCUUCAGUAUGACGGACAUUUUCCCGGUGUCUGUCAGUAUCAGCAGUCCCUACUACCAGGUCCCCCAGGUGUUCCCAUUCAGACACAAGUUCAAGGUCGUCCAGGAAAUCCAGGGAGUUUAUCUGGAGGUUGUGGGGUCGGGGAAGACGGGAGCCGCCCUCAAACGUGUGAACGGAGCGUUACAAACGGAGAAGAUACAUUUCCUAGCCAGCUGUGAGAAGGGUUCCCACAUCGAGUUCCAGUUUGACUUUGGUGAUGGCACGACUACAGUGGUACAGGGGAGAGAGGAGAUGUUCCUUAAUUACGUCAAAGGCAGCACGUCUCACAGAUAUACACAAGAGGGAGUGUUUAACAUUACGGUAACAGCAAUAAAUCCCCUUGGCAACAGAACAGCAACACUUGACGGGCUGUUCUAUGUACAGGCCUCACCGUUUGGAUUAAAGCUGGAUAAAUCCGUUUACUACACAAAACUUGGUGAUGUCACUGUUAUGCGUGCUACUUUCUCUCAUGGUACCAAUGUAACAUUUGACUGGAAGCUCGGAGACCAGACUGAUAUACUCAAUAACUCAGGCUCGGUGAUGAGACACACGUACCAGACGCGGGGAGUGUUCAGUGUGACGGUGAUCGCCAGAAAUAAGGUGUCCUCCCAAACAGAACACGCUGUGGUGGUCGUCCAGAGUCUUAUACAAGGGGUGAGGUUGAUAACGAACACCAACAUCACUGAGACAAACCAGGUGAUUGAGCUGAGAGCUGAGACGUUACCAGAACCGGGUCUGGGGACGUACCAUCACUGGAACCUGGGGGACAACCAGAAAGGAGUCCAGACAACAGAACCAGAGAUAGACUACAGAUACAGGAGAAAUGAAAGGUUUAUUGCUACAGUAAAAGCUUACAACAACAUCAGUCAGUCGGAGUCAGCGCCUGUAGAAAGCACCGUCCUGUCUAAAGUGAAGAACCAAGAGGUACGCUGUCUGAAGGAUUCACUGGUCAACACGUCGCUAGAAUUCGCCGCGCCCAGUUACUCGGGCUCUAAUCUGAGGUAAGUCUGGGAUUUUGGGGACGGCA